UCUUGCUGAGUUGAGUGCCCGUUUCGCUUGAUGGUACAGACACUGUCAAUGCAAGCUGCUAUACAAACAAGAACCAAGACGUAUUCAUGACGAAAAUGGACGAUGAAGAUAUUAUGAUCUCAGGAUAUCUGCGGAAAUCGCCACCAGAAAACAAAUUUAAAGUCAGCUCGAGAGCUAUUUCAUUGCAGCUAAAAUUUUGGCAGAAACGCUUCUUUGUUUUGCACAAAAAUGGAAAACUUCGGUACUAUAAGAGUGAUAAAGAGAAACGACCAAUAAAAGAUGCACUAAACUUGGUGAAUUGCAAGUCUGUUGAGUCACAUUUAGCUAACACAAAAUUCAAGAAUGUGUUCAGUAUUGCCAUGGAGACAAGAACAUAUUAUCUUGUGGCAGACACACAAGAGGACAUGGAAAACUGGGUAGCUAAAAUAUGUAAUGUUUGUGGAUUUUCAAGGACAGAUGAUGAUAAUCAAGUUGUUAACUCACCCCAGAAAGGAAACACACCCCAGCCAUCUCCAAUACAUUCACAGCCAAUUGCUGCUAGACUUCGGCCAACAAGUCCUAUUGGUUCUCCUUCUAGCAUUUCAUCAUCUAGCUCAAGUGUCACAUCCCCAACAGGCCCCUGUCCACUCUCAAUUCCCAAACACAUAAUUGACGAAAGAAAAAAAAGCAGGUCAAACAGUGAUCCUCCAGACCCUUCACCAGUCCUUCAAGUUUACCAUGAUAAACAAAGGAGGCAGUCAGAGCAAAUUGGAAGCCUAACAUGUCCUGUGAAUGUUCAUGGUGUACUUAGUGGGCGGCACUCCCCAUCUGGUGUAUCACCAAGACAGGAUAUGGCCACAAUUGGGGGUCCAUCUGAAACUUAUGAUGUGGUACCUACCCCAAGAUAUGUAUCUCAAGAGCCAUAUGACAUUUUACCAAGUCCCCAGAGAGUUCCUCGUACUCCAGGAACAGAGGAAAAUUAUGAUGAUGUACCCAUUCCUCGACCAUUCAAUUUCCCCACUCAUUCUUCCUCACCACGAGUGAAAUCAACAGGUCGACUUUUGUCACCUUCACGAGAUGACUAUGAUGCUGUACCUCUGCCACGUCCAGUCUCUCAGGCCAGUAACAGAUCCUCACAAGAUAUCUAUGACAUGGUGCCUCCUCCAAGGCCAGCAUCUUCUUGUAGUGAGACUCAGGAUGACCAGGGAUUGUAUGAUAUACCUCCUACUCUGAGGUCACCUGAGAAGGAAAACUACGAUUUUGUUCCACCUCCCAGGCGAGCAUCUGCUGCUGAUGAGCAAGAUGGCCAAAGUUUAUAUGACAUUCCUCCCAUCAUAAAGAUGCAUGAACAGGAAAACUAUGAUGUUGUUCCUAUUCCGAAGCCAAUUGCAAAAAAGAAUACACAUGUUAGCCAGGGUCUCUAUCGAGCACAAGAAAGUGAAAAUUAUGACAUUGUUCCUCAGCCAAGACCAGUAUCUACUGGGAGUGACAUGCAAGAUGGCCAAGAUAUCUAUGAUGUUCCACCUAGUGGAAGAAUUUUAGAACAGAGUAAUUAUGACACCCCACCACCUGUGCACAGACGCAGACAAGCCCAGCAGGAUGCAUCAAAGGAAAAUUAUGAUGUUGUGCCGCUACCACGCCCUACAUCACAAGAUGUAUACGAUGUUGUUCCCCCAGCUAGACCUGCUCAUGCUAGGAGCUUACCAAGGGAUGAAAAUAAUCAUGACCCCCGUUUUUCAGACAGUUAUUGCCGUCCGAGUAGUGAAGAUGUUUCAGAUGUUUACAACUGGGUACCACCUCCAGUACCAUCCCCAUAUCAGUCUAAAAAUGUUGAUUAUGACACUUUACCAAAAACCAACCGUCCUGUCAGUGCAGAUUCUGGACUAAAUGCCUCAUUUUCAAGCAUUUGUUCCUUGAAGUUAGAGAACCAAGAUGAAAAGUAUGAUGCACCUUUACCUCCAGUUCCAAAAGACAGAGACUCUGGAUCUCUAAGUGAUGAGACUCCUGAUUGUGAUCCUAAUCUUGAGGAUAUUUAUGACAGGCCACCAAAUUUAGCAUCUAGAGACUCCAUUUAUGAUGUCCCUCCUAAGCAAGAAGAUAUAUAUGAUGUGUUACCCAGACAUCCGACUGAAGUGUAUGAUGUCCCUCCGACGUCCACUGAUGAUAUCUAUGAUGUGCCUCCACCAGCAAUUCCUAAUCAAGCUGGAAACACAGUGGCUCCAGCAGUUGAUCGCACGCUGAAACGACCACCACAAGUCAACAGAGCAAUUAAGCCAAAGACACAAACAUCACAAGACCACAGUUACUGUAACAUGGCACCACCUGUUGAUCGACAAAGCAAGUAUAAGAAAAACACUAUGCCUCAGCCAGAGCAUAGUUACAUUAAUUAUCGAUCGCAACCGCGUCCUCAGAAUCUACCUCUUGUGAGGGUUUUAAAUAGCAACCCAUUGGUUGGGUCCUUGCCAAACCAGCCAAACAAGUAUCAACGACAAUCUGAGUGUGCAAUUGAUGAUUUAGAGUAUUGUGAAAUGACACCCACAAGAUCACAGUGGACAAGAUGCUACAGCCUUGAUAAAGAUGGAACAUCCCAGCCACAUGGUAACAAUCAAUUUUAUGAAGACAUGACAUCUAUACAGAGCAGGAGGUUCUCUGGUGCAAAGAGCAGCUCCUCAUCAUCAUCCUCUUUGGCUGAGAAUGACGAUAUCUACACAGCCAUGAGUCCUGGCCAUGCUUCUUCUUCUUCACCAAUGUCAAUGGAACAGAGGAAAAGAAGAGAUCUUCUGUAUGCAGAGGUAGAGAUUGUGGACAAUCCUCACCUCAAGCCUCAGGCAGCUGCAGUAAUCAAGAAAUCUAGCAACACCCAUUACACUUACAUAAAUGAGGAAUCAACCAGAGCUCUACUGGAAACUUCCAAUGCACGAAGAGAGAAAUCGCUGAUUGGGCACAUGUAGUUACAUGAUCAAAGGACAAAUAUUGCAAUUAUUAAAGAUAUGUCGCUUUUAUUUUGUUUGGUAAUGAAGAGGUACUGUUAUGAAAUAGGGAAAAAAAGAGAGAGAAAAAAAAUUAUGGAAAAUAAUUUUUAGGAUUGUGCAGCUUGUCAUUUUGGUUUGUCUCAAACCCUCCCAAAAAUUCAAUGUUUCUUUUAGAGAAAUAUGGCGCAAUGUUCAUCUAUUUGAGGCUGAAAUUAUGUGAAUACAGUGGAAGUCUGUAGUUUGUCAUGAAAAUGCUGUCAUAUCAAUGUUAUUGUCUGAUUACGGUACACACUGGCAGAUAAGCUGCACUUGCAGAUAAGCCACACCUUGAGUUUGGUAAAUCAGAGUUUGGUAAAUCAAAGUUCGGAAAAAAGUUAUUUUGAAAAGAAAUCCAAAGAAAUUACAAGUGGAAUCUUGAGAAAGCUCUUAACAUUGGUUGCCUCAUUGAUUGUACACCCAUGUAAUCUCAAUAAUGUUGAAAAAAGAGAAUACUUUAAAUCCUUACCAAUUAGAAGAAUAUAAUGUUAUGGACAGCUACCACACCCUUGAUUUGUUACAAAGUUUUGGGGAAAAAGGUGUGGCUUAUUGAGCCUAGUUUAAGGUUACUAGGUUGACGUGGAUGAGAGCAUUUUUCUUGGAGGGCAAAAAUGAAGUGUUGUUGUUCAUUUACCAGCUGGGUGUGAUGGGUUCAUGCUUUAUCACAAAGAAUGAAGUCUUUAAGAAGAUGUAAGUGUACAGUGUACAAGGUGUAGUGAUUCCAGUGUUAUCAUGAUAAAUCAGGAGUCCUACAUACAAAGACAGAAAAAAGUAGAAUUGUUUUGCAGUUUUGGUGGUGAAUUUGAUGUUGAAUACAGCAUUUAAGCAUUUUAUUUGUCAGUUACAAUUUGUUCACUUGUACAAUGUAAAUAUCAUUUUGUACAGGUAAAUUGUAUAAGCAGCAAAUGUAUAGUAGUUAGUAUCAGUAUGAAAAUUAUUUCACAUAGACAUCCAAUUACAUUAAGAUCUUCCCCUUUUAUAAGUGAAUUUAUAAUGACUAAGGAAGCUUCAGUGACACUGUGCUGAUCAAUUUGAAGCUUCAAUAUCCCCCCUCCCCCCCUGUGGUAACCCAUAAACAUUUGACUGUUGUCCAUGCUCAGUGGGUAGGGAAUUAGAACCUUAACUGUCAGGGGUGGGGAAUUUGAACUGGAAUUGGAAAAGUAAUCUUCAAACGUUUAGAUCUCAGGGGGGAUUGCUCAGGGGGUGUUGAAGCUUCAAAUUGUCAGACAUAAUUUUGAUGUUUUAUGAACAAAAGAGAUAAACGUAGGUAAUAUUUUUAAACUGAAAUAGCUUUGCUACCCUCUAAUUUGUAAUUUGUUUGUAGAACACUGUCUGUGCAUGAUAUUUUCACAUACAUGUAGUUCUAAAGCAUGAUGUAAUUCAAACGAGUGAUUUCAAGUAGUAGAACCUCAGAUGUUCUAAAAGCCAGAACUAGAUGAUAAUUUGAGAACAAAGGGGAACGAUAGAUCGAGUAAAUUCAUCGUGUCUUUAAAUUUGACAACAAAUAAACAGAAAACCGAGAUGUUAAGUGACAGUUAUAUUUUGGUAUAAACUAUACUCAGAUGUUCUGUUUCACUCUUGUAAUGCAUCACUAGAAUACUGUAGUGUCCUGGUACAUUGCUGAGGUAUUUAAUUGUGAAUAGUUUUAAUUUUUUUACUCUAGAGAGAAGAGAAUAGAUGACAAGUGACGAGGCCAAAGGCUCAAUCAAACUAUGAAAUUUUCAUAUCUGCUGUCUAUGCAUCAGCUGAAAGAUGCCAAGUACUGCAGCUACUAAGAAUGCAUGUUUGCAUUAGAGUAUUAGUCAGAAUGUGGGCAUUGUUUCAUGACCUUGUUUAAAAUUAAUCUUUAAGAUGAUAAUGCAAUGCAGUACUUACUGUAAAUGCAGAUAGCAUCAUGGUAAUUAGUUCUGUUUUUCAGGGAAGUAACAUUAACAUUAAAGAUUACUUGUGCUGAUGGUGAAAUAGAACUCAUGCUAUGUAAAAAUGUUACAAAGCAGUGUUUACUAGCUCCUGAACUUUUAAGUGCACUAAUAAAUGAUAAGGAGUGUCUUGAAUGUUUUGAUGAAACCCUUCAUCAUAAGCUUUUAUAGAUAUUUUACUGUUAUGGAGUAACUGAUAAAUGUUUCUGUUCAUUGUUGUUGAAGUUGCCAUUAGUUUGGUUGAUAGAAAUGCUAUUUCCUACGCUUACAGUUUUGCAUGAUCAUGGAGGUCUGCAAGAACUUUUUUGCUACAUGGGACUUUUGAUGUUGGCUACAACCUAAAAUGAAAGGAGAAAUGUCAAUUGUACGCUAGUGUGAGUAGUAAAUAAGUGUUUUUUGUAGUCAUCAUAAUAUUAUAUAUUUUUAUAUCAGUAAAAUUAAUCGACUACUUGCUUAUCUGGUGCCCUUUGGAGUGGUCUUUUUAGUUUAUGUUGUUUGUCAUAGUUGUGUAAACUUAUUUUUACAGUAAAUUUUGUGCUAGAGAGCUGCUGUGACAUUGGCGACAGAUAUAAAGACGAGCUUUAAAAAAAUGAUUCUAAGAUCGUAAUAAAUAUCACGGUGUAUUGCA